GUCCCUUUGUGACUUACCCCAGGUACCCAAUCUGACGAUAACUUACGAGAAAUCGACUUGUCACCUAUGGAGAACGAAACAUCAUCUGACUGGUUAUUUUCUAUAGAAACCUAAAUAAUAAGUACAGAAUUCCUCUAGUUUGAUCGUUAAGGCCGCGUAAAACCCAGCUCUCCCCUUGUUACUUGGUAGAGAGACCUUACUGAUCGUCCUGCAGCCAUACACAAACAUUACAUCAUGAUUGAGCUUUCGAACUCUCAUACAAUGGCAUUCCUUGAUUGUAUACCCCGCUUCCUUAUGAUAUAUGAGACCUUUAAAAGACGGUUGCUCUUGGCAAUUCAGGAACGGUCCUAGGUACUAUUCAUUCAUAUAUACCAAAUAGCUCGUUGGCGUUACAUCCCGAAAUAAUCCGAAAUGGUUCACCAACACGGAGAUGAGCAUGAUAUUCCCCAGGAACAUCGCACCCAUAGACAUGGUGCCUGGCUUCCGGCGGACCAUCGUGUACAACACGAAUGGCUGAAGACGCAAAUCGAACAUGUCGACAAAUCCAGCAAAAAGGAGCUAAUUUCUGUUCUCAAGGAGUUCAAGAAACUAAUUGAGGGAAACUCGCGCAUUUAUAUGUAUUUCAAUCAAAUGUGGGAAGAAAUUCCCCUGAAGAAACCGUACUACAAGGACCCGACGGGUACGAAGAAACAGAUUCGGGAUUAUCGUCACAUGUUAGACGUCCUCAACCAUAUCUUCACACAAGCUCCCCAAUGGACCGAUGCUGCUUUUGGAGUUGGCAUGGUCGGCGUCCCUAUGGUGGGAAUCUUCGACUAUGUGAUGGCUACCCCUAGUGGACAUGCCGCCUUCUUAGACCCAGAAGUCAACAAGAUGAUGAAGAAAAUCUUGAACGAAUGGGGCAAAUUCUUAAAGUCUCCGAAAUCCGCCGAAGUCCUCGCAUCACACAAACAAGGCUGGUUCUCCCAGCACGGCGUGAAGGACUUAAUGGAAGUCGCCAACGCACCGCUCGGGACAUCGCAUCGGUUCGAAGACAUGUACAUUUGCGACCCGACAGCUAAACACUACGGCUAUACCUCCUGGGAUGAUUUCUUCACCCGCCAACUCCGCGACAACGCGCGCCCCCUAGCCUCCCCCGACGACGACAACGUAGUCGCCAACGCCUGCGAAUCCAAAGUCUACAACAUAGCGCGCCACGCCAAACUCCGCGACCGAUUCUGGAUCAAAAGCCAACCAUACUCCGUCCUAGACAUGCUAGGCCAAGACCCUCUAGCAGCCCAAUUCGACGGUGCAACCGUGUACCAAGCCUUCCUCUCCGCAUUAUCGUACCACCGCUGGCACUCCCCCGUCUCAGGCCGCAUCGUACGCGCAUUCGUCAAAGACGGUACUUAUUUCAGUGAGCCGUUAUUUGAGGGUCCUGCGGGGGGUUAUGUGGAGGGGGAACGUAGCAUGAAUCGAUCGGGCGAGAUUGAUACGCGUGGGAUUAGUGUUGCGCAGGGGUAUUUAACUGCGUUGGCGACACGGGCGGUUAUUUUCAUUCAAGCGGAUAACCCGGCGUUGGGGUUGAUGGCGUUUGUAGGCGUCGGUAUGGAUGAGGUUAGUACUUGUGAGAUCACAGUUGCGCAGGGACAGGCGGUGCGGAAGGGCGAACAGUUGGGUAUGUUCCAUUUUGGUGGCUCGUCGCAUUGCCUGCUGUUCCGUGCUGGUGUACCGGUUGAUGGAUUCCCGACUCCGGGCCGGGAGGCGAAUGUACCGGUGCGGUCGCAAGUCGCAGUGGUUGGGAGGAGAUAGAUAGGUAGGCUGGCGAAGAGUGGUGAGGUAUGGGUACCUAGGUAGUUGACUGGUUUGUAUAUGCUCAGUAGUAGGGAAAAGGCACAGCGAGCAUCCAAUGUUUUAGGAAUGCUCUUGGGUAAUCUAGAAUGUCCAAUAUUUAAGGGAGGAUAAU